GACUUCCAGCCUCCAUUUUACGUUUUGCAAUAUCUAAAAAAUAACUGUCCCUAAACCCUAAAGAGUGAGGCGAAGAUGACGGAGGUGGCAAGUGCGGUGUUACAUGAGGUUUUGGGGCCGCGCGUUGAGGAUGUCGAUCAGCCAAUUGUCGAUUACAUCGUCAAUGUCCUCGCCGAUGAGGAUUUUGAUUUCGGCGUCGACGGUGAAGGCGCCUUGGAAGCCCUCGGCGAACUCCUCAUCGAUUGCGGAUGCGUCUCCGACUUCUCUGAGUGCCGCGCGGUUUGUAGUACAAUAUCUGAGAAGUUUGGGAAGCAUGGAUUGGUUAAAGCAAAACCCACCGUUAGAAGCCUUUUGGCACCAUUGAGAAUGGAUGAUGGAAUGGAUGAAAAAGUCGCUCCAAAGAAGAAACCGGAACCUGUGGAUGGUCCUCUUCUGACCGAGCGUGAUAAGAUGAAGCUUGAAAGGAGGAAAAGAAAAGAUGAUAGACAGAGAGAGGCACAAUACCAAACUCACUUGAAGGAAAUGGAAGCAGCCCAAGCUGGGAUGCCGGCUGUAGUUGUAAACCAUGAUAACAGUGCUGGGCCUGCUGUCAGAGAUAUACACAUGGAAAACUUCAACAUAUCUGUUGGAGGGCGUGACCUUAUUGUGGAUGGUUGUAUAACACUCUCUUAUGGGAGGCACUAUGGACUCGUUGGUAGAAAUGGUACUGGAAAAACAACCUUUCUUCGGUACAUGGCCAUGCAUGCUAUUGACGGUAUUCCCAAGAAUUGCCAGAUAUUACAUGUUGAGCAAGAAGUAGUUGGUGAUACUACAUCGGCCUUGCAGUGUGUGUUGAAUGCUGAUGUGGAGAGAAUUCAGCUUUUGGAGGAAGAAUCACGUUUACUUGGGUUACAGAAAGAAUUUGAUCAAGAUGUGGACUCUGGAAAGAGCAAAGGGGUGGUAAUUGAAGGAUACGAUAAAGAUUCAGUUUCUGAGAGGCUUGAAGAAAUAUAUAAAAGGCUUGACUUCAUUGACGCUUAUUCUGCUGAGGCUCGAGCAGCAUCCAUUCUUGCGGGUCUCAGUUUCUCUCCGGAGAUGCAGAAGAAGCCAACUAAAGCUUUUUCAGGAGGAUGGCGGAUGAGAAUAGCGCUUGCUCGUGCCUUGUUUAUUGAGCCUGAUCUAUUACUUCUUGAUGAGCCAACGAAUCAUCUUGAUCUCCAUGCAGUCCUAUGGCUAGAAACUUACCUGGUGAAAUGGCCAAAGACAUUUAUUGUUGUUUCUCAUGCUAGAGAGUUCUUGAACACCGUGGUUACAGAUAUCCUCCAUCUCCAAGGACAACAGUUGACUGCGUACAGAGGUAACUAUGAUACAUUUGAGAGGACACGAGAAGAACAACUCAAGAACCAGACAAAAGCAUUCGAGUCACAUGAACGUGCUAGAGCACAUAUGCAGUCAUUCAUUGACAAGUUCCGGUAUAAUGCAAAGCGUGCGUCUCUCGUUCAAUCAAGAAUUAAGGCACUAGAUCGGUUGGGUCAUGUGGAUCAAAUUAUAAAUGACCCUGACUACAAGUUUGAAUUUCCAUCUCCUGAUGAUAGACCAGGCCCACCGAUCAUAAGCUUCAGUGAUGCAUCUUUUGGAUAUCCUGGGGGCCCUAUAUUAUUUAAGAACUUGAAUUUUGGAAUCGAUCUGGAUAGCCGAGUAGCCAUGGUUGGUCCUAAUGGAAUUGGAAAGUCAACAAUACUCAAACUUAUAUCGGGAGAGCUUCAACCAACCUCUGGGACAGUUUUCCGUUCAGCAAAGGUCCGCAUUGCUGUGUUUAACCAGCAUCACGUUGAUGGUUUAGACCUCUCUUCAAAUCCACUUCUGUAUAUGAUGCGCUGCUUUCCGGGAGUGCCAGAACAGAAGUUAAGAGGGCAUCUGGGCUCUUUGGGUGUAACAGGGAAUCUUGCCCUUCAGCCAAUGUACACACUAUCAGGUGGUCAAAAAAGCAGGGUUGCAUUUGCUAAGAUUACUUUCAAAAAGCCACAUAUUUUGCUGCUUGACGAGCCAUCAAACCAUCUUGAUUUGGAUGCCGUUGAAGCAUUGAUCCAAGGACUUGUCUUGUUCCAAGGAGGCGUGUUAAUGGUGAGUCACGACGAGCAUCUGAUCUCUGGUAGUGUGGAUCAAUUAUGGGCUGUAACCGAUGGUCGGGUGACUCCUUUCAGUGGAAAUUUCCAGGACUACAAGAAGAUGUUACAGUCAGCAUAGUGAAAUUGUGACCAGCAUGAACAGGAUUGUUUGUAAUCUCAAGAUAUUAUAGUAAGAGCAGAUUGGUCUCUCUCAUACUUGUAUACGCUGUGAUUUCUGCAAAUUUACGGAAGCCUGUGUGAGCGUCCUUCUGUUAUAUUUUUGGGUUAAAUCAGAUUUUAUUGGGAGCC